AUGGAGAAGAUCAACUUCUUUCGAUGCCGCCACAAGUUCCACUUUGGAGGUGAUGGCGAAAGCUGGUGUCACUGGGUGAUGGAAAUGCCUAUGUGCGUCUCUGGCCGCUACGGCCAUGCACAGGUCUUUUUGCUGAAGGGUGAGACCCCGAUGUUAUGUGGCCGCCCCAUCAUUGAGGCUCUUGGCGUUGUUAUGGAUUUUCAACAGCGCUUGGUUCGAUUGAAUGAUGGACCAUGGAGGGAUGCCACCAUUGGACUUCACGGUGAGUAUCUCUUGCCUCUUUGGGAGCCUGAACAGCCGAUGGACUUCAUGAGGUCUAUGGAUUUGGACUUUGACCUCCGGCUGGCUCCAGCGGGCGAAGUUGACCCUAUGGGCAUCACCUUGGCUGACUUUGAGGAGGAGUCCGCUUUUGCUUUGAUGGAUGACUCUCCUGCAGUUGCCGUUGAACAUGAACCAGAACCUGGUGAAUGUCUUCUUCCUCGACAUCAACUACGCACUGCUGAUGAGCUCCUGCAAGCAGAGAGCAACCAAUACCAUGCCUAUGUGACUGAGGAGCUCCACAAGCCUUCUCGCCGCAGGGUGAUCUGGGAAGUUUAUGCUGGACGUGGUCGAGUCGCUUCUGUAGCUGAAAGCCUUGGAGCUGAGGUUGAAGUUUUCUCCUUGGACAACGGCUGGGAUUUUGACCAGCCGGAUCACCGAAAGCAGUUCCUGGAGCGCCUUGAACUUGAAGUUCCUGAUGAAGUGUGGCUCUCACCGGUCUGCAAACUUUGGAGCCGGAUGCAGAGCUUGACAGCCCGAAGCCCUGAGCAGCAAGAUCAACUACGUGAACUCCGUGAAUGGCACCACACUGUGCACUUGCAGUUUUGCCGUCGCAUCUUUGAGCGACAAGUUGCCAAUGGUUGUCACUGCCACCUGGAGCAACCAAAAGUUCAUGGAGAACUACCAGCCUGGACUUGUGUGAUCGCUGCAGCCAUGAUGACCGAUGAGACGCCCUCUGUGAUGGACUUUGCAGGGGCCGUCAACGAAGAUCGCCAGCACACUGGCCAGCUCAUCAAGCUCUUGGCCACCAAUCGACAAGAUGCAGUUCGAACUGUGCAGCGAUUGCGCAGGAAUCUUGGGCACCCUGACAAGGAUGCGCUGGUGGAACUUUUAGCCAGCCGUGGUGCUUCUGAUGUGAUCAUCGAUGUGGCCAAGAACUACAACUGUGCUUCAUGCAGCCGCUAUCGAAAGCCCAAUGCUGCAUCUCCCUCAACUGUGCCUACAGCCACCAAGUUCAACGACGUUGUUCAGGCUGACGUCAUGUGGAUCAAGGUCAACGAUCAAAAGAUCCCCAUCCUUCAUGUGAUCGACCUCGCUUCAAAGUUUCAGGAGCUCACCACUGACGAAGGCCUUGGCUGGGCUUCCGAUGACAUGAAGGAGUUCUUGGCGGACCUGGGAGUGAUUCACAACAUGGCUCCUGGCGAAGCUCAUGCCCGACUUGGGACUGUGGAACGCAGACAUCAAAUGCUGCGCCGAGCUGUGGAGAUCUUUCUCUAUGACCGUGGCCUGAACACCAAAGAAGGCAUCAAAACAGCCCUGUCCUACGUGGUGCCUCAGAUGAACUCCAUGUGCACGGUUGCUGGAUUUUCGCCGGCACAGUGGGUUUUGGGUUACCAGCCACAGUUUUCUGGUGACUUGCUCUCCGAGGAGAUUGCACCUUCUCAACUUGGAGAUUCUCAAACCUUUGAAGAGACCCUGUCCUUGCGAACCUCUGCCAAGAUGGCCUUGAUCCGUGCUGAUGAGGAUCAACGUUUGAGAAGAGCCUUGCUUCGGCAAUACGCUGGCACCAAUGUCCUUCUUCAACCUGGGCAACAAUGUUGGUAUUGGCGUGAUGCCAGAGCCAGCGACUUGUGCAAGAUCAGAUGGCUGGGCCCUGCAAGAGUGAUUCUUCGAGAAGAUCAAGCUGAUGGCAAGCCACUUCAAUAUUGGCUAUCACAUGGAAGCCAGCUGCUGCGAUGUGCUCCUCACCAUGUACGGCCUGACUUUCGACAAGCCGCUGACACCUUGGUUGGGGACAUUGCUGAAGCCCGAAAAUCAGUUUUGGAGUUGAAGUCCCGCGGUGUGACCCGAUUUUUGGAUCUCAGCCGCGCCAACAAGCGCAACAUCGAGGAGGUGAUGUCUGAUGAAGAGGGGAUGGGCGAUGAUGAUGAUGGCCAACCUCUGCGGCAUCGACCUCGACUUGAUCCAUUUACUCCUGCGUCCCCUGGACCAGCUGGUGGGUUGGACUUGGACUUGAGCCCCCAGACUGGUAAUGUUGAAGCCAUUCCUCCUGGCGAUGCAACGGAGUAUGAACCAACGACUCCAGCUGAUUCGGUGACUGGAGAUGAACCUGAACCCAGUGGAGAACCUUCUGCACCCCCUUCUGUGAUGCUGGAACCCAUUGUGACUGGAGCUCCACCGGUUCCGAACCACUUCCCUGAGCUUGACUCUCCAUCGGAACCAGCUCUAGUACCUGCACAUGUGCCCUACUUGGAUCCAGCGACAGCUGCACUCUACGAGCCUGCCGGCCCUGAAGACUUUGCAGCCAGAAGGAGUGAGAAUCGAACUGAGCCCUAUGAGAAGCCUCCCAAAACCGAUGAGGAUGCCAACUUCUCACAGGUCAACGACUUCUGGGAAGUCAAAGCUGGUUGUCUUCUACGUCCUCAUGUGACGCCUCGACACUCCACGGUCGACAUCUCCAAGUUCUCCGACCUGCCCAUUGACCUGCAGUACUUGGAUCCAGUUCGGAUCACUGUGAUGAAAAGCCUUGACGGCUCUGUGAACAUUCUCAACGACGAUGGCACUCAACAGAAGUCCACUCGACAUGCUUGGACUGGCCUCUCGAUCUUCCAGAUCACUGGUGCUGCUCGCCGUGAGCUUUGCAUGUACUCAAAUCAGUCUGCAAAGAAACUUGGACGUGAAGCUCGCACCAAAAUGGUUCGACAGCAGACCAAAGGCAGGAAGACGGUCACUGAAAAGACUUUGACUGCGGAUGAGAAGGCCCUCUUCCAAGAAGCUAAGUGCAAAGAGUUGAGAUCGUUCUUCGAGCACGAGGUCUGGUUGAUCGUGAGGGGCUACAAUGACUAUGACGCCCUGACCACUGGACUUGACACUUCGAGCCCAACGACUUCCAGGUUGAGCCGCAACAUGCUGCUUUCCCUUGCUGUGAAUCUGGGAUGGAAGGAAUGGACUGCGGACAUUUCGACCGCUUUCCUACAAGGGCUACCCCAAGAACGAAACCUCUGGGUGAAGCUGCCUUCUGAGUGUCUGAAGCUUCUUGGUGCGUCUGAAGACUGCAGGAUGUUGCUUUUCAAGCCGUGCUACGGCCAACUGGAUGCUCCCAGAAGAUGGUAUUUGGAGGCGACCAGACGCCUGACUGAAUUCAAACUGGUCCCUCACGUCCUCGACCCUUGCUCAUUUUUGAUUUUUGAAGAUUCUUUCCCUGAAGUUCCUCAUGAAAAACUGGGUGUUGGCGAGGGCGGUUUGGUUGGCAUGAUUUGCAUCCAUGUCGACGACCUCGUGGGAGCUGGACUUGAAUCCUCGGCAGUGUAUCAACAUGUGAUCUCCGCCCUCAAGGAGUCUUUCAGUUUUCGUGAGUGGAAAACUGGCCCUGGCCUUGAGUACUGUGGCGCUACGAUCAAGCGCAAUGGUGAUGCACUCAGCCUCAAGCAUGGCCAAUACCUCCAGCGCCUGAAACCGAUGACGCUGGGAAAACAUGUGGGCCCUGAGAAGCUUUUGAGUUCCUCUGAGCUCACUGCACUACGUGGUUUGAUGGGAAGUUUGUCCUGGCCAGCUGUGCAGAGCUCGCCCCACUUGCAGGCCAGUACUUCCAUGCUUGCUGGCGAUGUUAGCAAGGGUUUAGCUUCCACAGUUUUUGAAGCCAACAAAUUGCUGAAGUUCGCAAAAGCCAAUGCCGAUGUUGGACUUUCUUUUGCGCCUUUUGGGCCGAUGUCUGACUGGAGAUUGGUGACAGCUUUUGAUGCUUCGUUUUGGAGCCGAGCUGACGGCACCUCACAAGGUGGCUACUUCGUCCUCCUUGCCCCAAAAGGGAUUUUGGAAACUGGUGAGGAUGUAUAUCACAUCCUGGACUGGCGAAGUUUCAAGUUGCCGAGGGUCGCCAGAAGUUCCUUGGCAGCUGAGUCUCAAGCUGCUGGUUGCGCUGCUGAUGCGACAGAAUUUGCAUGUCGCUACUUCGAGCAUUUGCUCAAGCCCCACCUGAAGUUGGCAGACCUUUUGCAUGUGAAGUCAACCCUGCAGCCCACCAUGCUAACAGACGCCAAAUCUGUUUACGAUUCUUACCACAAGGAAUCGAUGUCUGCAGUGGACAAGCGGUCUGGCCUUGAAAUCAGGGUGGUGAAGGAGCAGCUUCAAAGUUUGGGUGGACAGUUGCGCUGGGUUUCCAGCGAACGCCAAUUGGCAGAUGGCCUGACGAAAACGUCAACACGUCAGAGCCUGGCAGAUCGACUUCGACAUGCCAAGGUGAAGUUUCUCUACGAUCCUGCCUACACUGCUACCAAAAAGAAGUCACUUUCAGAGCGACAAGCUGAAAUUCAGGCUUCUUCAAAACCUUUGCCCAAUGCCGAGAUCAAGACCCCAAAGUAUGACCACUUUGAAAAGCCCUCCAAGAUCCUUGAAGAGACCGAAACCUAUGAGUAUAACGAAACUUUUGAGUCUGAGGACAUUCCUGUGGAUGAAGAGAUUUCUGAGCCCAAUGCAGUUCCUGCGGAGGAGUGCUUUGCUCAGAAUGAGGCGGUGAUUGAGUAUGUCAACGCCGCGAGCCAUGGCGCUUCGAGCUUCCAGGCCACGGACUUGCUGAAGUAUGUGUUCAAGACACUGCUGUGCUGGAACCUUUGUGUUUUUCCGGUGGCCGAAGGAGCCUCGACAGAGAUCUGUUUCACUGGAGGGGAAAUCGCUGCAACAGGAGCUAACAACAACUUGCUCUGGUUGUUUUUGGUGAUUUUUCUGGUUUUUGCCAUUUUGGCAUUUUUCUGGCUGCGACGGCGCUGCCGUCAACUGGAGAAUGACCUGUAUGAGGUCAGGUUGCAACUUCAUCAUGCGCAUGCUGCCCUGGUGACUGCGAAUCUGCAGGCCGAUACGGCCACUGGCUCUUUGGAUGCGCUCAACCGAAGAGCGAAUGUGCUUGCUAUCAUGCAUGAACUUCGAGGAGCAUUUGAGAGAAGAACCUUGGGAUACCGACGUGCUCAACAAGCCUAUGUGGAGAUGCGCAACACUGCAAUUGAGCGUCAACGUGCUUUGCAGAUUGCGACCCAGGACUUAGGUGCCGGGUAUGAGGCUAUAGCAGCCCUACAGACCCACUUCCGUACGUGUCCUCAAGGGGAAGAAGUUUUUACUCAAAUUGCCUCCGAUGUCUGGCACUUGCACGACGAUUGUGAUGAAAUCUACGACUCAGGCCAUGAGGUUAGAGUCCUGCGCCCUUGUGCCAUUUGCAACAGGCAAAGCCUACAAGAGGUCGAUGCCGAUCCAGAACGGCACUUUGAUGAACAGGGAAUUCGAGUUGUGGACGCACCACAGGACAUGCAAGGCAUUCUUUCACAAGAAAAUCGGGUUUGCUUCCGCAAAGCUGGCCAUGAUGAGACCCGAGAGCGCACUGGCAACUUCUUGGCUCCAGUUCUGCAGAUCACGCGCGCCCAAAGAUGGUGCGAUCAGCUUCUUGAAGACCUCCACCGAGAUGUGAAGGCCCUGCUGGAAUCGCCAGGCCCCAACCUCUUCACCUUUUUCGAUCCAGAAAACGGUGUUGGCACCGUCUCAAAUACCUUCCCGAGGCAGGCAAGCAAUGGGAGCGGCGUCCUGCCCUCACUGACCUCACCUGUGACAAUCCAACAGGUUUCUUCUUCGAUGUCCCUUCCGCCCCGCCCUACUCGCGACCUCGAGAAGCCCCUGGGGUGUCCUGUGCCGCCGCCACUGACACUGCCGCCGGACCCUGUGAUGCCGAUGAUGCCGGCGACGUCAGAUGCACGGCCAACGUUCAUGUCGGUGGACGAGGAUUCAGAGAGCGAUCAUGAGAAGAGGGGUCGAAAUUCAGCGGUCAGUCAUCGCAACACCCUUAUCGCAAGAGACAUGUUGGAAAAGCAUCUGAAGGCGAGGAGGAACGAGGAACAAGCUGAUGAAGACAAGGACCUCCAAGAGGUUCUCCGUGGAGACUUGAGCGGGCACACCUUGAAACUUCGCUUGCGGAAAUGGGUCUUAUCGGCUUUGUUCUCCAAUAUCGUCAUGGUCUUCAUCGUGGCCAAUGCCAUCUUGCUGGGCAUUGAGAUCGAUGUCUCCUCGCGUCUCCCUCAGAACGAAGUCCCGGAGGCCUUCGGAAUCAUCAAUCUCAUUUUUGUGGUGAUCUUUGCCCUGGAAACUGCGCUCAAACUUGUGGUCAUGGGUUGCCAUGAGUAUUGGAGAGGUAAAUCCUGGAAAUGGAAUGCCUUCGACUUCCUGAUCGUGGGCAUGUCGGUGGCGGAGACGGGUUUGGAGUACUUCUCUCAAGCCGUCUUCGGUGAUGGCGGGGGCGGCUCGGUCCGGGUCAUGCGGGCCUUGCGCCUGGCUCGGACGCUGCGAGGCGUACGCCUUUUCCGCUUGCUGCGCUACUUUUCGGCGCUUCGAGGCUUGCUGGUGUCCAUUGCCAGCACCCUCAGUUCCUUGCUGUGGACCUUGGUUUUGCUCCAGCUGCUCUUUUACGUCUUUGCGGUUAUCUUCGCACAGCUGGUUACGGACUAUUGUCGCUUCGAAACCAUCCGCGAUUCGGGAGAUGCCAAUGCCAUCCCCAAGUGCCCAGAGGACCUACACUAUUGGGCCAAUGUGAUGGAUAGCAUGCACACGCUCUUUAUGGCCAUCACGGGUGGUCUCAACUGGUUUGAUGCCUACGCACCCUUACGGAAGGUUUCCCUGAUGGCCCUGUGGCUCAUGAACCUGUUCAUCGUGAUUGGUUUCUUUACGUUCGUCAACACCGCCAUCGAAGGGGCUUCAGCUGACAAGGACAUGGCCACCCUCAAGCAGGCGCAGUUCCGGCUGUCUCAAAUUGCAGCUCUCCGGGAUGUCUUUCAGGAAAUAGCCAGCGAGCGGAGCAAUACCUUGAACUUCCACGACUUGGAAGAUGCAUUGCACCAAGACAAGUUGGGUAGUUUUAUGGAAUCCCUCGGCAUUUCAACAGAUGACGUUUGGACUCUCUUCCUUCUGAUCGAUGUGGACGCCAGCGGCCGUGUAGAUAUUGAGGAGUUUGUUAGCGGAUGUAUGCAGCUGAGGGGCCCUGCGCAGAGCUUGCAGGUUGCCAAAAUGAGUUAUGAAAACAAACUCACCAGGCAGAGAAUCAGUCGACUUACGAAGGAUAUGGCGGAAGUAAAGCAGCCCUUGAAUCAGUUGAAGAAGCUGUGGCUUGGCUUCUUGAAACUUCGAAAGGGUCUAACCAUGGGGUGCAGUUGCUGUGGAGGCAAGAAUUUUGCCUUCCUGGAGCGUUGUUCAGAGUGA